AUUCUCUUGCUGUGUCUAAGCUACUCUCUUGUGUUUCAUCUUAUACAAAUUACCUAUUUGUGAAUUCUGAAGAGAACCUCUUGUCCAAGAUGCCCGUUACAACCAUCAAUUCGUACGAUGAAUUCGUGGACAUCGUGAAUAGUGAUGACCCCGUUGUAAUUGACUUCUGGGCAACAUGGUGUGGACCUUGCCGGGUGAUAUCGCCUAUUUUCGAGCAAUUGUCGGGACUUCCGGCUUUCAGUCAUGUCAAAUUCUAUAAGGUUGAUACCGAUGAACAAGGCCAAAUUGCCCAGGAGGCUGGUAUACGUGCAAUGCCAGCCUUCAUGCUGUAUAAAGACGGCGAUAAAGCUGGUGAACUUGUUGGGGCCAAUCCCAUACAGUUACAAGCUUUUCUUCAGCAAACAGUCUCUAUCUAAAGCACAAGGGAAGAAAGACAGGUUUGCCUCUGUUGCUGUACGGGGUCGCUUGGAGGGCAGAAGGGAGCCUGUAUAUAAUUCGAAAUCAUUCCAUCAGAUAUCCCACUGAAACUGGCUAUAUUUUGUUGAGAGCCCGAUGGCUGUUAGUCCUUGCUUUCUGCCCGGUAGUUAGAUAGACAAGCACUCAAGUAGCC